AUGGUUUCAAGAGGGAAUGCAACCACAAGGGUGCGACCAUGUCGUGACGCCGAAAACCACCACCUCGGGCUGGGUAAGUCUCUUGGACAACCCAAAACGGCAAGCCGACGCCUAUCAACGCCUCUCAAUUCCUCCAACGCGUUAUUCUCAUUGGGGCCAUACACAUACAUCGUGCGCCAACCAGCGAGGAUGGAUUUACCGGGGGAGACCAGGUGCCGGGGUGUGAGCAACGGAAAAGGGCAAAAACAGUUGGGUGAGAGACGCCGCGGUGCGGCUGGGAAAAGGCAGAAGCAGGAAAGGGAGCAAGAUGAGGAGCCAACAUUGUGGACAUCGCCCGUUGCUACGCCACGAAAAGGCGAAAAAGAACUUGCCAUAGCAUCUGAGACGCCGGAUGCGUCGGCCUUCUCUCCACUACCAUACUCUCCAUGGCCAGUUGGCGCCAAUGAAAGCAAAAACUGCGACAACGGCUGCGGGGAGCAGCAGGAGCGUGGGAGAAACUCCGCUGCGUCCUCAGCCACACUUUUAAGUGAGCUACUCCGUCGAGUGCAAAAGAGUCGUGAGGUGGGAGUUCAUUCAUCCCCUCUUUCCGACCAACCCAAGGCUGCAGAGGAAGAAGAGAAAGAAAUGUGGACGUCACCCCAGCCUCGGAAGCAACAACAACAAAACUAUUAUCGUCAUGAGAAGAAGCAGCGAAGUACGCAUGGUUGUUCUUUGGCAUCGCGACUGGGCGGUGAUAUUGAGGAGCAGCGUAAUACCCCCGACCGCCAAGCCGCCCGACAUCGUGGUAACGUGGCACCGCGGUUCAUCGGAAUUGACGCGGGGCGCGGGGAGGGUGCCUUCACGGACAGAAAUAUCACUACGUCGGCAACUCCCCCCACUGACAAGUGUGCCAGCCUCGACACGUUGGAGUGGGGUGACAAACUGUGGAACGGCAUCAAAGAAGAUGAGGAGCGUCUUUGCCGUUGGAUCGCGCAGCGAGGGUUAUUCCCACGCGAGGACGCCGCCGCGCUGCGCGUCUUUACAGAAUAUCUGAAGAAGAAAACGGCGCGCUUGGAGCGCGACUACGAUGAACUUUUUUGGUCCUUGCGUCAGCACCCACCCCCGCAGCUGCACCACGUGGAGGAACGGCCUCACCGUCACGGUCAUCCCCCGCAGCCAUCAGAGAAGUUGACGGGACAACGGCGCGGUGCAACCCCCAGCGUCGAAGGGUCGUCCGGUGGUCACACCUACAGUAUCGAUGCAACGGCCGAUGCAGGAAGAAGCCUCCGGUCUGCAUUUGCACCAAGGCACUUCCUGACGAAAGGAACAGUGUGUCGGACAACUUGUUGGACCGGUGGUGGGGAGUUCAACCGUGAGACGUCCACAACGCCGACUUCGUGCUGCCGUGAUGGUGCCGGGAAGAGCACCCCGUUUGCAUCUUCACUGAGGGACCGUCGAUGGUCCGCAAAAAGGUUGCACACUAGCAACGGCUCUCGCGAGGUGUCUUUGUUCUACACGGGGCGCUCACUCGCGGCGGCGGUGGAUGGGACAUUGAGAAGAGACGCUGCUGCUGGACGCUCGUCGUCCCCCGUAUCGUAUUUGCAUUCGGCGCGCCAAGAGAAAAUCACAACGCGCCCGGGUCGUCAUCCCCCGACAGACCGAAGUACAUCGCCUACACCGCCACAGUACCAGCAGUGCCAGGAGGGGAAGGAGAUGCGUAACGUUGGAGAAGCAGAGGGAAAUGUUCCUACGAUCCUAGAGCCAAGGUUGAACACCUUGAGUGUAGGUGAGGCCGUCUCGACCGCAGCUCCCACUGCUGACUGCACCUCGCGUCCUCCAGCUGAAUCACACGUUUCUGCCGUUGUGCCCAAAAAAUGUUUUUCUCCUCCCAAUGCUGCUGGAAUAGAGGAUGUGUCGGCUCUGAUUCGCCUGCGCAGUUACUGCGGCCAGCUUGAUGCGCAGUUUAUGCGGCUUUUUCGUGAGGACGAGGCACAACACCAGUGCAGUGACGCUGAACGUGACAUGAUUGCGAGUGUUGCGGGGGCAACGAAGCGGGAACCCGCACAUCCACUACAUCGUGUGGGGGCCACGACAACAGAGGCCAUGAAUCGUAGUGGUCGCCGCUCCACACUUGUGUCUCCACCACCACCAACUUCCUUACCAACCGUCUCGGCUCUCCUUGCGGAGCCCCAGCAUGUACCAGAGACAGCUGGCAAGGACAACGCCUUCACUCAUUUUAAUGUAUCAUCUGUCUCCUUCCCCUCCUAUGGUGAGCGCGGUUCCAUCAGCGCAACGCACCAUGGCGUACAAUGGAAUGAGUCUUGUUCUGCAAAGGCGGUGAGCCACAAAUCAUUUCCAACAUUGCGAAGAGAUACAGGCAAUGAGGCACAUACACCCCCGGUGUCUUUGAUAUUCUCUACCUCGAGUGUGGAAGAUGGGCGCCACGGUGAUGGCAUCCAAGGUGUCAUGGAACUCCCAGUUCCAUUUGUAUCUUCCCGUUGUAUCAGCCCCACACCGCGUGAGAUACGCACAGUGACGCCGCCUGGUGAUAUCAAGGCAAUGGAGUGUGGGCGGUCUCUCGUUGCCUCCCAGGCGCCUGGUGUCAAACAGUCCAUGCAUUAUGCAUCCUCACUUUUGUCAGUUCCCACUAAAGGUUUAUCCUGGAAUGUGAAUAAUAGUCAUAAUACAGCUGACCAGAGUUCCCCGCCGAGGUCCGAGGAAAAUGUACCGGAAAUGGUGCCAACAUGGAACCCGGCAUCGAAGCGUUUGCAUCUUGUUGAAUCCGAUGUUGCGCUGGAGCAAACAGGCAGGGGAGUUACCAAACCCCCAAUCCUCGACAAGAGCGUGGCACCCGCAGACAGUAUCGGAGGCAGUGUCAGCUUGCAUGAAGCGGUGCUAUCAGCAGACCCAUAUGAAACGACAGUACCCCUAGACAGUUCAAAGAUAAAUCAAUCUCGACAAGUGCCCAAAUUAGUUGUCCACAAGUCAUCUGUCGUCCGGGCUGAGGGGGAAAGUGGUGGCACCUCAACAAACUCGUUUCAUAGUAGAACAAAGAAACCAGGGAGCAGGCGAAGAAAUAGAGGCCCUGGAAGUGUGGCAUGGAGCAGUAGCAGCAGUAGUAGUGAUAGUAGUCGUAGCGAAGGUGUUUGUGGUCUUGGCCUGAAGAAGCAAGGAAAGCUUCUCCAGAGUCCAAACAGGCGAGAGCGCUUUGGUCUUCUUAUGGGAAAUUCUACGUCUACUGCGGCAACGCCAAUUGAUCAAUCGCGCUCUUAUCUGAUGGCGACUAACCGAGUUGGUUGUAAUAUUUCCAAAACACAAGAGAAACGCAACGACAUGGGUUUUGUCAUCGGAGGGGAGGGGGAUGGAGGAGGAGGUUUGUCAGUGGUUCAUAGUGGUGGGAGCAAUCGGAGCACACCACAGAAAAAUGCAGGCCUCUUCUUUGUGGGUGUGAUUAACUCUGGGGGAAGUAAUGGCAGGAGUUACAAAGCGGUGGAGCGCCGUGACGGACGGGCGUGUGCCUCCCGUCCCCCUCGUUUUGGUGUUUCCAAGAAUAUUCACUGA